GUUUUAUAGAAGUUUAAGUAUAAGUAGAUAUAAGUAUAGAGCGGUAAACAAUUUCAGACCGCAACGGUUUAGCUGGUUUACUCGCAAUUUUUUUUUGGCAUGUUUUUGAUCAAAUCUAUUCUUUCGAGUUGAAUUUUCGUUUAGAUGUAGGUACUUUGAAAUACUUCAACACUUGGUGAGAUUCUCAUCGCACGUGGUAGUUAUAUGUUCUCGUGUAACUUAGAUAUUGCUCCGAUGUUGACAAAUUGAGCAUUUGCUUAGCCAUGUUAGAUAGUAAUUAAAAAGUGCAUUUAAUAACAAAUCGAUUUAGUAUUUUUAGAUUUUAUUUUUCGUAUCCCUACUCGUUGUAAUUUUCCCCCCUUGCAGAAGAAACCUUGCAUUGUGUCGUUUCGAGUGCCUACAUCGAAUUUAUAUUAGUUUGUCGCGUUUCGCUGGUCAGUGGCCGAGUAUACGUUUACGUCUACCUAUACACCUUGUCACCUAAAUGUAGGUAUUUAGUUAUUUACCUAUGUCACUUAAAUAAGCAUUGGUAAGCUAGCUACAUACGUACAUACGAGUACCUACAUUACAUAUACGUGAUUCGAGUGAAUAACUUGCCCACGCGCCUCGUCAUACAUACGAAUCCCUGGAGACCUCUCUCUCUGUACUUGAGCGAACGCCAUCCAUCGAUAACGCGAGUGAUUUUGAUAAUUUUUUUUUUCUCAUUUUCUAAAAAUAGCCAAACACGGCGCAGUAGAUGGCGAAUGUAAAUCAGAACAAGUCCGCAGCCCCAAAUGCCGAUGAGAAGGAGCCCAAUUAUUCAAUUCCUGUUCCUCGAGUGGGAGUAAAAGAGCCUUUGAAGUUACUCAUACAAACGGUGUACUAUUUUGUUAUAUUCGUUCCGUUGAUCGUUUGGGAUGUGAUAUCGAAUUUCUUAACCAAACCGAAAUCCAUUCGAAAUAGUGUCGUGCUGAUAACUGGAAGUGGUCGUGGCCUUGGUCGAAAUUUGGCUUUAAAAUUUGCAGAAUUGAACUGCAACGUUGCCUGCGUUGAUUUAGACGAAACCAACAAUGCGGAUACUGUUCGAUUAAUUAAGAAAAAAUACCCGUCGGUUAAAGCUAUAGCGUACAAAUGUAAUGUUGCAUUAGUCGAUGAUAUUAAAAAUCUUUCAAAAAACGUUAGCAAUGACCUUGGCGAAGUGGAUAUCAUCAUUAACAACGCCGGUCUUGUGUCUGGAGCUAAUAUAGUUCGAUCUAAACUGGAUACGAAGUAUUUGGAUGUAAUGUUGGAUGUGAAUCUGAAAAGUCAUUUUUUGAUGAUAGGAGUAUUCCUGCCAAAAAUGAUCGAGCGUAAUUCGGGUCACAUUGUUGCUAUUGCUUCUUUAGCAGGGCUUAACGGAGUACCGAAUGGCGCAGCAUAUUCAGCCACAAAACAUGGUGUCGUAGGUUUUAUGGAAUCAUUGUACGAUGAAUUAAAAACCGUGCCCAAUAAUAAGAUUCAAACAUCUUGCAUCUGUCCAUAUUUUAUCGCUACUAAUGAAGCUUACCCCGAAACUUGGGAUCUGAGAAUUCCAGAAAUCAGUGUGAAUGAAGCAACCGAAGCCAUCAUCGAUGCUAUCACAAGAAAUAAAAGAAUUGUUGCCAUACCAUCACAUAUGUAUCAUAUAUCCAUACUCACCAGACUCUUACCAGACAGAUUACGAAACAUUGGACAAGAAAUAUUUUACGCUCGUAUAAAUCCGCCAGAAAAAGAAAUAACCAACAACAUCGAUGCCGUAAUUGAAGAUUCGUUAAAUCGAAAAGAAAGCAAUAAAAAACAAACACCAAGUAGCGACUAUAGCGAGUAAUUAAUGAACUGAUGAGCUUAGUGAGGGUGGAGGGAGGGGAAGAAGGGUGCUCCUUUUAGGCCCACGCACGUAACACUUUGUACUUACUCGUAGUUUUGUAAAUCAUUAAGCAUUCAGCAAAAGCAAACUGUGAUCCUAAAAAAUUCGAAGUCCAAUCAUCGUGAAAAUUGGAAAAUUAAAUUGACCUCUAGGCUCUAACCACUAUAUGGAGGCUGGAGUCCGCCGCAUCAAAGUUUCAAAAAGUGCUCAUUUUCAACAUUCUUGAUUAUCUUUAAAAUCAUAUUUCAAUUUAAAGAGAAUAGAAACCAUCAUUCAGUUAUCAAAAUACUAAAAAUGGCCUGAAAACUCAAAAAAAACUUGCAUUCAGUGCCCAAUAGCAAACAUUUUCGAUAUAGGUAAGCAAUACGCAUGCAGGUUUUUUUGGGGGGGGGGGAGAUCCUUUUUAUUCACUAGGUAUGAUUAUGUAGAUACUUAUCGAUUUUGAAGGCUGAAACGUGGUUUUUUAUAUUUCAUUAUCUUUUCAUUUUAAAUCUAAAAUGAGUUGGUAACUAGUUAAUGUGAUAAAAAAAAAUCGUGCUAGUCUCCUCAAGCUGACUAGAUGAGAGGCGCUAGGCCUAGGCCCGAUCGAAGGCUCCCUUCGUGUCAAGAAUAUCUAUCACAUAUUUCCAUUCAAGGUGCAAACUGAAUUCUAAUAGGUAUACUUACUCUGUUAAUCGUCUUCGUCUGCUCAAUAUAAGUUAUAAUCCCUCCUUCGAUCUCUUUCUAUUCUCAUAGAUUUGAUUAUAUUCAAAUGGUAGUUAGUUAAUACCCACUGGAAUUUGGAAAUUCCAUAAAAUAAGUAUUGAGAUCGGACUUUUUUUUGAUUUUUUUUUUUUUUUUUGAAAACGGACGAAACUUUGGCAAAUGACUACCUUACCAAAAAAUAAUUUGUUGAAAUUUUAUAUCAAAAUUUUUUUUUUUUUAAGUUUUUGUCACAUAGAAUCUGAUUUUAAGUCCGAGUGUGAGUGAGAGACGCAAUGGCUAAGUUUGAAGAACAAAAUAUUUACCAAGUUGCUUCGAAAUACAGACGCAGCAUUAGGCUAUUGCUCUUUUAAAAGCCCAAAAAAUGAGACAAGAGUCUUUUUUCGUAGUUCUAAGCAUGUGGGGCCAAUGGUACAAUUUCCACCAACUACAAAUGAACCUUUUUUUUUUUCGUGGGAAAGACGAGGUGCUUAUUACACAGGAAAAAAUUGAAUUAGGUGCCUAGCUUAUUUAUAUUUCAAUUUUGUGAUAAAAAUCAAGCGUUGUGCAGUAAUUUAAAAAAAGUGUAAAUAUGCUACAUAUUCAUAUUUUUUUGUACCAGGUAUUUGAUAUUUGUGUACCUAUCUUGACACUCGAGUAUUCAAGUAUAAUUACAUAAUACUAUCCAGAGCACCACACAUUAUAUCGUAUUAUAUUUCAUGA